AGGAGAAAGACAAGAGUUAGAUGUUUGAAAUGUUUUAAAUCGGUGUGAUGUGCUCUCCGGAGCGCUUCAGAGCGCUGUGUGGGACAUGAAGAGUGGACAUAACCGGUGUCCUCUCGUAUUCACAGCAGCAACCAGUAGAUUCUGAGCAUCAGGUGAACAUCUCAUAUAGUAGCUAUAGCCCACUUCUUUUUUUACUUCGGGGUUCUACGCUGCACUUUUACCACAGGAUAGAGUGGACGCAGCUAAAUAACUAUGACCAAAGAAUCCGCGCACUGACGCGCUCCGGUGCGUGCAUGCUGGACCGGCGAGUGUGUGUGGACUAGUAUGAAGCGCCAUGGCUUGGUGUGACCGCGGGGUUCAAACGCUGCUGGCCACUGUAGGGGCUUUCGCUGCCUUUAGCCUGAUGACCAUCGCCAUCGGCACGGACUACUGGCUCUAUUCGCGGGCAUACAUCUGCAACGGCACCAAUGCCACCACGGACGAGACCCAGCCACAACCCAAAACUAAGAAGGGCGAUCUCACCCACUCUGGGCUGUGGAGAAUCUGCUGUAUUGAAGGCAUUAACCAAGGCAACUGUUACAGAAUCAACCAUUUCCCUGAUGAUAACGACUAUGACACAGACAGCUCCGAGUAUCUGCUACGUGUAGUUCGUGCCUCCAGUGUAUUCCCCAUCCUCAGUACCAUCCUCUUGAUGCUCGGGGGGCUGUGUGUUGGGGUGGGCCGGGUCUACAACAAGACAAACAAUGUCCUUCUAAGCGCUGGAAUUCUCUUCGUAGCUGCAGGUCUGAGCAACAUUAUUGGAAUCAUCGUCUACAUCUCAAGCAAUGCAGGAGAUCCCAGUGACAAACGUGAUGAUGACAAGAAGUACACUUACUCCUAUGGCUGGUCCUUCUACUUUGGUGCCCUCUCCUUCAUUGUAGCCGAAACUGUGGCCGUCCUCGCCAUCAACAUCUACAUAGAGAAAAACAAGGAAGUUCGCUGGAGGGCACGACGGGAGUUUAUCCGCUCACUCUCCUCCUCUUCACCGUACUCAAGGAUUCCUAGCUUCCGUUACCGCCGGAGGACAUCGCACGCCAGCUCUCAUUCAACGGAGGCUUCCCGGGAGAACUCGCCCGUGGUUGGUCUGAAGGGGGCCCCAUCUUCCAGUGGGGCCCUGGAUGAGCUAUCCAUGUACGCUCUGGCAAGAGACAGCGUGACAGAGAACACGUACAGCCCUGAACAUGAGGCGGCUGCUGAGUUCCUCCAGGUCCAUAACUGUUUCCCCAAUGAUUUAAAGGAUGGGGUGAAUCGCAGGACCACACCGGUGUGAGCGGUAAUUUGUGUAGCUCAAAGUUUACCAGAUGGAGGUGGGAAAAAAAUGAAUGAAAGAGAAAACAUAGGGCUGACCUGCCAGAGACUGAGCACUUGUGACAACCUGCCAUCUCACAGAGAGACUGUUUAUUUUGAAAGGACCAAAGAAAGACCAGAGGACAACCCAGGAAACGUCAUCAUCUGCUUUUAAAGAAUAUCAAAGCAGAAUACAGUUAGUAUAGUCCGUGCUGUAGCCAAUUCAUCAUUAGCAUUAUCUUUCAAAUGUGCUGAAAUGCUUGUAUGAGCGAUGCGUUGAUGGUGACUACACUACAUGGGUAAACCUGAGAGUGAAGAGAUGUGCCAUUCAGCAGUAUUCUGCCCACAAAUUAAAUACCAAGGUGCUAAUUGAAAUGUGCUCUUCAAAAUAAAGGUGUUCCAUUCAUGUGUGUGCGUGGGCAAAGUUUGCUUUCAGUGCUUUUUGACAGGCAGGACCUGCAAGAUGUGGUUAAAAUUUUGGAAACCACGAUCUUUUCCAAAGCCUAAUCCAGUAGUUUUGUUGCAUAAACCUAACCAAACCACAACUGAAAACCAGAAAGGUUUCUUAUCCUAAAGGUUUCUCCCACUAGCUUCGUGCAUGACUCUUUUUCAAGCUUUGCAUUGUGCCCUCAUAUUUAAUUUUGCUCUAUACUGUGAUUGUGGAUUUGAAUGAGACAGUUGUCCUUUCAGAGCAGUUUGAGCUUGUUUAAAAGGCUACAAACUGAAAAUAUAUUA